UCUGAAAUCCAGAACAUGUCCAACCGUAUCAAGAUGAUAGAGAAAUCCCAUGGCAGUGACAACACAUCCGGCAUCCUUUCGUCGGAAAUCCAGGAACUAGCUAAACGUAUCGUGGUGAUUGAGAAAUCACACGACAUUGAAACUUCAUCCGUCAUCCUUUCGUCGGAAAUCCAGAACCUGACCGAACGUAUCGUGGCGAUGGAGAGAUCACAUUACAUUGAAACCACGUCGGAUAUCCUUUCGUCAGAAAUCCAGAACCUGACCGAACGUGUCGUGGCGAUGGAGAAAUCACAUUACAUUGAAACCACGUCGGACAUCCUUUCGUCAGAAAUCCAGAACCUGACUGAACGUAUCGUGGCGAUGGAGAAAUCAUUAGAAACUGACCGCAAACCCGACAUCCCUUCGGUGGAAAUUCAGAACCUGGCAAACCGUAUUCAGGGGAUUGAGAAUAUACUUCAACAAAAUGUCACAAGGAGGUUGGAGUGCAUAGCUUCCUUCGAAAAUAUCCAAUCGAACCUUGAUGUUCAGAUGUUUGAUGGUCGAUGCUACUUCAUCGGACGACAGUAUUUGUCUUGGAGUAAAACUCAGGCUAAGUGUCAACUAGCUGGGGCGAACCUCGUGACGGACCCGAGCCAGAGACUCAUUGACUUUCUAACGGAAGUUAUUGAAAAUCAUUUUUGGAUAGGAGCCAGAAAGACAAAUAUCGGCAGUUUCCAAUGGAUUACUAACGGUGAAACUGUCUAUUGGAAUGACAGGAGAUGGGAUGGAAAUCACCCUUAUUAUAAUGAACGUAAUCUAUGUGUUUAUGUCAACGUUGGUAGGAGGAAGUGGCGUGAUUACGACUGUAAUCACAGAUACAAUUAUGUCUGCGAAUUAUAAAUCAUCACAUUUAUUUCUGCGCUUAGUAAACAUGUCUGAGUGUAACCUAUACAGCUGUUGUAAUAAUAGAGCGCUGCCUUUAGACUAUUAGUGGUCUAGAUCCAAACAGGUGAUGUAUACCAAAACAACCAUACAGGUAUAAGUGGUUCACGAUUACCUAUGUUUUUAAACAGCAGCUGCCUUUCCCUGUAGGUUUUCUUGACAUGUAGCUAGCUUUACAUUUAAAUUACCUUAACCCUUAUCUACCUUUACCUGUAGGCUUCUUUUACCUUUUGGCUACAUUUAUCUAUAGCUACCUUUACCUAUGACCACUUUUACCUGUAGCUACCUUUACCUGUAGGCUACUUUUACCUUUGGUUACCUUUAUCUAUAGAUACCUUUACCUAUGACCACAUUUACCUGUGACUACCUUUACCUGUAGGUUACAUCAACAUGUAAGUACCUUCACAUGUAGGCUACUUUUACCUUUUGGCUACCUUUAUCUUUAGCUACCUUUACCUAUAGUCACUUUUACCUGUAACUACCUUUACCUGUAGUCUACCGAUACCUAGAGACUACCUAAUCUUUAUCCUUAGCAUUCUGUACAUAAACCUGCAUUUACCUGUAGUUACCUCUACCUGGAGAUAGAUUUACCUUUAGGCGGCUACCUUUUCCUGUAGCUCGCUUUAUCUGGUGCAGUGUACCUGUAUACUACCUUUACCUGUACUUACCUUUACCUGUAUACUUCCUUUACCUGUAUUCUACCGUUACCUGUGUACUACAUUUACCUGUAUGCUACCUUUACUUGUAUACUAC